UUCUUUUUCAACUUUUUCAACUUUUUCAACUUUUAACUUUCAAGACAUUUACUUUACUUUAUUUUACUUUGCAUUGAGCUUUGUUACUUUACAAGCUUCCAACCAUCCACAUCCUAUUCUAUCCAAACUUGACUUCAAAGCAUUUCAUCAAACGCAGACUUUUCCACACACACACACACACACACACACACAAGUCCCUUGCUUGCUUUCUCUCUCUCUCUCUUUCCUUAUCUGAACGAAUUCAUUACGACCCAAAAUAUAUCAAUCACAUACAUCACCAAAGAGCGAAAACAGAAUAUCAUCCAAACUGAGAGUAACUCGACAGACAGCUUCUACAGCAGCAACAAGCAUACAAUCAUUCAACACAUCCACAAAUAAUAUCCAUCUUCUUAUUUUCACAGCCCAAAAUUCCAUUCAUUACAACCCUUAUUCCAUACCAUAAAAUAAAAAUUCUUAUUAUUUUCUGGCUUUACUCUCUUUCGAUCAAUCAAUCGGUCAAUCCAGCUUCAGAGAUUUACUUCAAAUCAAUUCUCCUCAAAUUCCAUAAUUAGUCCGACUUCGAUAGAUUAUUUCCAUUCCUUCUCAAGUUCCUUCGAAACCCAGCCUCAGACCCGAUAAUUCCUUAUACAUAACAUAAUCAAGGGGGGCAGGUAUCAUCCUAUCUUUUUGAAACGGCCCAUCACCGAACCUCCGCAUUAUCCCAACUUUCAAUCCAAUACCGCCAAAAUAGCUACCUUACAAGAAAACCGUUAUCCCCAAAUUUCAUCUUUUGAAGAUGCGAUGAUCUAUUCAAAUGAUGCGGAUUAUCCAACAUCAAUGCCUGGUUCACCCCCCGAGCUAACGGGGUCCAAAUCCUCCAAAUCCUCUUCAUUUCACUCCUCAUAUCAAUCAGACAAUGAUGAGAUUCUUUCCGACGUCAAUCAUUUUGAAGAAAUUGGACUCGAUGAUGAAUCAAGACUUGACUCGGAGAUUGGAGAUUUCGCUGUCAAAAUGUCGACAAAUCCAUAUUCUUCCUCAUUUACCACCGAUCUGCGCAGUCAAGCAAAACAACAACGACAACAACGAGUUCCCAUGUCCGCCACACAAGGAAAUACUAGAAUUCCAAGAGAUUUGACAUCAAACACAAAAGGUCGUUCAGGGUUUCCAACAUUGAGAUCACAGAUAAGAAGUGCGGCAUCGGAUGGCUUGGCGAUUGUCCCUGUGCCCACUUCAUCGGCAAGGACCAGAAGGGGAAUGAGUAAUCCCAAUGCACCUGCAUUACCGACUACGACACUUACACGACAGCGAAGUUUAAGUCCAAAUAUUAGCGCGAGCCCGAGGAGUAGCAUAUCAGGAGGUUCCGCAAAAGGGAGAAGGGGCAGUUGGGUCUCGAAUCGAGAACGAAAAACUACACUGGAGCUAGAAAGGGAAUGUGAUGAAGACGAUGGAGAUGAUGUACCGGACGAAUGUCUUUUGGAAAAUGUGCCGAUAUCACCACGACCUCCUCAAGAACGAAGGAGUGCUGCACCAUCAGCAUCGACGAGCCCCGAAAGGCCUGCGAAGGAAAAAUCGAAACCACUUGGAAAUGGAACUUCUGCUAAACCGGCAGAACAGGGAGAACUUAGAUCACCUAGAGCUAUCAUGACACGAGGGGCAACUACGGGACAAUUUCCAACUAAUCUUUAUAAUUCUAAUAAACCUCGGGCAAAGAGUUGGAAUGAAGCUUUGUCGGAUUUGAGCGAAGAAGCAAAGGCUUUGACAGAAGCUUUGGAGGCACAUGCGGAGGAUGAGGAGAGGAAUCAAUCCUUUUCUCAUAACUAUGUACGUUCUAAGCCAACUCGAGUGAAAUCAUCAUUCGCCGAAUUACCUCCACUACGAAGAACCGAACUUAUGAUCGAUCCGUUACCUAUAUCGAAGGAAAAGGAAGCUGUUCUUUCGAGGACUAGGCCAUCAUGGCUUCCUCCGAAGGAUCCGGCUGAGGAAAGAAGACAUCUUAAAGAAUAUCAAAAGAUGAUGGCAUUGGCAGAGAAAGUGGAACGCAAGAAAGAAUCCGAAAAAAAUAGUAAAUCGGCUUGUAGAGAUGAUACAGCAAGUUCACUGUUAAGGAUUUGGGAAGAACAUGUUCUGCCCAAUUGGGAUGAUGUGAUAAGACAACGAAGAACGAGAGAGCUUUGGUGGAGAGGUAUAGCACCAAGAAGUCGUGGGGCCGUGUGGACAAAAGCGAUUGGAAAUCCAUUGGGUUUAUCGGAACCAUCAUAUACAGCUGCUCUUCGAAGAGCUCAAGCGUUGGAAGCGACAAUCAAAAAUGGUUCUCAAUUGAGUGCAGAGGAAGAGAAGAAGAGAGGUUGGCUGGAACGAAUUGAAAAGGAUGUCAAGGAAACAUAUCCUGAAUUACGUAUAUUUCAACCCGAGGGACCUUUACAUGUGGCUUUGACAGAUGUUCUCAAAGCUUAUGCCAUGUACAGAAGUGAUGUGGGCUACGUACAUGGGACAAAUGUGAGUAAAGCUUUUUUCUUCGUCGUUCAUCAAAAACGGAAGCUAAUUUUAUCAUAGACAAUCGCAGCUAUUCUUCUUCUCAACCUUCCUGAUGCUUCUUCAUCCUUUGAAGCUUUGUCAAAUAUUCUCAAUCGACCACUUCCCCUAUCAUUUCAUACCAACGACUCUGGCGCUAUUUCUCGUGUCUACAGCCUCUUUCUUACCACACUGUCUCAGAAAUUUCCUCGUCUUCACUCUCAUCUCACGGCGGAAGAUUUAAAUCUAAAUCCAGAUGUCUAUCUCCGUGAUACCUUUGCUUCCUUAUUCACAAGUUCAAUAUCUCUCGAUAAUGCAAGUAGAUUGUGGGAUGUAGUUGUCUUUGAAGGUGAUUCAAUAUUGGUUAGGGCGGCGGUGGCGCUUUUUGGAUCCUUGGAAAAUAAACUUCAUAGUGUUACUAGUGACGAGGAAGUUUUGGCUGUACUUAAUUCGGAAGGGUUCAAAUUGGGUGAGGAGGAUUGGAUUGCGGCUGUUAGGGGGGCGGGAAAAUCUCGUGAUUAGGAUGGAUAGAUUUGAUGGGCUAUGAUGGUUGAAGUGUAUGAGGCGAGGAGGAAAGGAGGGAGAGGAAAAGGUGGAUGGGAAUGUACCUCGACCUUACAAUCGUGUCGCAUAGUGUAGUUUAUCAGCUGCAGUGAAGAUUAAGAUUUACAUCUUUUUCUGUUGACUUGAUUCAAAUUCAAAUCCAAAAUCCGAUUUUGAAAAGGAAAGAUAUUUAAAUGUUUAUUCAAGUGAGAGAUGAUAGAAAUGAUUAUAAUUAUAAUCAUAGUGAUUUA